AUGGGCUGGGGUAGUGGCUCCGAGUGCUGGGGACACGACUGCUGUCAGCCACCCCGGGGGAGCAAAGGCAGCAGAACAAGAAUGCAACUGACCAAGCCGGAGAAGGGGCCCAAGCUGCACAGCUUCAAGGAGAAGGCCUUUAAGAAGAAGAAGAGAGCGUGUGUGGUGUGUAAGGAAUCCAUCGAGGCGCUGGGCCUCGUCUGCCAAGCCUGCAAGAUCGCCAGCCACAAGAAAUGCGAAGCGAAGGUGGCGUCAUCCUGCCAGCCCCUUCCCCCGCCUGAACUGAGGCGGAACACUGCUCCGGCCCGGCGCAUCGAGCACUUGGGCUCCACCAAAUCCCUCCACACCUCGAAGCAACGGAGCACGCUGCCCAGGAGCUUCAGCCUGGACCACGUGAUGGAGCGCAAGUACGACUUCGACCUGACCUACAUCACCGAGCGCAUCAUCUCCGUCUUCUUCCCCUCCGCCCUGGAGGAGCAGCGUUAUCGCGGCAACCUGCGGGAGGUGGCACAGAUGCUGAAGUCCAAGCACGAGGAUAAGUACACGCUUUUCAACCUGUCCGAGAAGCGCCAUGACAUCAGCAGGCUGAACCCCAAGGUUCAGGAUUUCGGCUGGCCGGACUUGCACGCGCCCCCCCUGGACAAGAUCUGCUCCAUCUGCAAAGCCAUGGAGACCUGGCUGAACUCGGACCCCCAGCACGUCGUGGUGCUGCAUUGCAAGGGCAACAAGGGCAAGACGGGCGUCAUCGUGGCCGCCUAUAUGCACUACAGCAAGAUCUCUGCCAGCGCGGACCAGGCGCUCGGCACCCUGACCAUGCGGAAGUUCUGCGAGGACAAAGUAGCCGCGUCCCUGCAGCCAUCCCAGCAAAGGUACAUCAGUUACUUCAGCGGGCUGCUGUCGGGCACCAUCAAGAUGAACAGCAACACCCUGUUCCUGCACCACGUCCUCAUUCCCGCCAUCCCCAACUUCGAGGCCAGCGGAGGCUACCAGCCCUUCCUGAAGAUCUACCAGUCCAUGCAGCUCGUCUACACCUCGGGGAUCUACAGUGUCCCGGGCCCCGGCCCCCAGAAGCUGGGUGUCACCCUGGAGCCAGCCCUGCUGCUGAAAGGGGACGUGAUGGUGAAGUGCUACCACAAGCAGACCUGCAACUCUGACCGGGACGUGGUUUUCCGCGUCCAAUUCCACACGUGCACCAUCCACGGUGCCCAGCUCUGGUUCGGGAAGGACGAGCUGGACGAGGCCUGGCAAGAUGAGCGCUUCCCCUUCGAAGCCAGCGUGGAGUUCGUCUUCUCUGCCGGCCCCGAGAAGAUGAAAGGCCUGGAGACCUUACGGAACAGCCCGUCCAUCACCGUGGAUUAUAACAUCUCCGAUCCCAUGGUGCGCUGGGACUCCUACGAGAACUUCAACCUGCAUCACGAAGACAGCCUGGAAGACAUGUCCCACACCCGCGGCCCCAUCGAUGGCAGCCUCUACGCCAAGAUCAAGAAGAAGCGGAACCUGAGCGGCUUCUCCGGCGGCGGCGGGAGCCCGGCCAGCGCGGACUCCACCCAGCAGGGCAGCCGCUUCCUCUCCGUCAGCAGCGACUCGGGCCACUCCUCCAUGCUGGCCGAACCCUCCCCUCCCGCCAAGCUGCUGCCCACGCCGGCCGAGAGGGAGGAGCUGGACAGGCUGCUCGGGGGCUUCGGGGUCAAGGCCAGGCCGGAGACCCCCAAGCAGCCGAGGGGGGCAUCCCCACACCAGGAGCUGGGGGGAUGCCCGCACAGCAACGGGGCCAGGGACAGGGAGACGGCCAUCUUGGAAGACGAGCUGGUGGAGAUGAGCCCCUUCGGGCCCCUGGCAUACCCCAGCCGGCGCCCCGGCCUAACCCGCCACUGCUCCUGCCGCCUGGGCUACCGCUCACAGAGCUGCCCGGGCGCCCACAGCCCCGAGAGGCUGCCCAAUGGCGCCUACUACAGGCCAGAGGGCACCUUGGAGCGCCAGCGGCUGGUCUACAGCACCAACGGGGUCCACUUGCACCCCGCCGAGGGCUACCCCUGCCUGCCGCAGGAGGCCGGGCCAGGGGAGAAACGGCGGGUGUAUCGCUCCCUCUCCGAGGGCCUGCAGCCCCUCGCCCACCCCUAUGCCUACGAGCUGCCCCACAGCCCCAGUAAGCGGGAGGACCUGGCCUACAAGCCACCCAGCUACCGGGAGGUGCUAAUCCUGGAGGAGGAGCCCGUGUGCGGCUUGGAGCUGUGCCCAUGCCAGGACUGCCAGGAGAAGGCUCACGAGGAAGCCGGCCUGCCCCCCACCGCCGCCUUCUACGGCCUGCGCCUGAGCAGCCGCGAGCCCGAGGAGUGGGCCCACGAGAGUGCCAAGUCCCCCCUGUCCCGGGCAGGGCACCCCGGCCAGCCCGGGCCGUUGCUGAUGCCGGCCGCCUACAGCCAGCGCCCCCGGGGGCAUCACGAGGUGUUUGACUUCGAGCCCGCCCAUGCCAAGAUGCCGGCGCACUUCGGCCACGGCUACCCGGCACAGCCCAUGCCCGGCGCCCAUCAGAAGGGCCACAAGGGCAUGGAGCAGAGCCUGGAGCCCUUCCACUACCGCUAUGGCCCACCCUACCCCGCCCUGCUGCCCCACGGCGCCUACGCCUGCGGCCCCCCAGCCCAGUGCCCCCAGCCGCCCUUCUACGGCCGGUCCCCGGCCAGGCCCUGCGCCUCCCCGCCGGACAUGCGGCCGUACGCACCGGGCUACCACUCGCCCCCGUCCGGCUCGGUGUCCCCCGUCAGCUCGGCCUACCCGGCCUCCAGGAACCAAAGCUACGAGCCCCAGUCCCCGGAGACAGGCCAGGGCUACCCACACCCGGGGCACCAGGACCGGACACCUGCUGAGAUGCAGGGCCCCGGGGAGGAGGCGCCCUGGCGAGACGUCCCUGGCUCCCUGCGCCAGCUCCACCGGGAGGCUCCCGCCGCCUGCCCUGCGCCCCCCGAGCUGUCGGGCCCGCCGACUCCUCUGCACACCAGCAGCCCGGUGCAGAGCAAAGACAGCCCCGCGCUGCCCGAAGGCGGCACCCCGGCUGCCAGCCUGCAGGAGAGCUCGGCGUGCUCCAGCCCCGAGGACACGGCCCCACCCAGCGCCAAGAGGACCCCAGAGAUGAGCUCAGCCCGGCCAGGGGCCGCGCCCAGCCCCACGCAGCCCCCUUCUCCGACACAGGCCUGUGCCCACGGAGCCACCUCCAGGGCCCAGGCCAAUGGGCCGGCCCCAAGGCAGCCCUGUCCCCGAGCCCACAGCCCCGCCAGCCCGCCCCAGGGCACCGGCCUAUCCAGGGUGAUCCUGGGAGACGCCCCAAGUCACCUGAAUGGCCCCAGCUGCCCAGCUGUCUCCCCCGAUUCACCCCCCAGCAAUGGGACCCCAGCGCAUCUGCUGCCCCCUGGCAUGGACAGGCUGGCCCAGCGCAGCCCCCCGGGCGCGCCUGUCCACAGCCCGGCCUGCACCAGCUGCAGAGCGACAGCUACGCUCAGGAACCCAGCCCCCUACAACGGGCACCUGCCCAGUGACAGAGCCGAGCUGGCCCCGGGCCCCCUGGCCCGCUGCCCCAAUGGCAGCCCCCUCCCAAGCCCCAUCACCUCCUACUGCCCCUCCGACCUGCAGUGCUCCCCGACCCCUGCCUUCCCCAUCGCUACAGCCUACUACCCGGGCGGGGAGAGGAGCCCGCCGCCCCCGGGCUCCCCCAGCCAGUGCCAUGCCCGCGAUUCGCCGCAGCAGCCGCCGUUGCCCGAGAAGCGCCACACGCCAGCGGCUGGCAACUGGGAGAGGAGCUCGCCCCCAGGACGGGGCACCGGGACGGGCCACCACGUCACCUUCGCGCCCGACACCGCUAGGCCAGACCCAGACACGCAGCCGGAGAGCCACAGCAACGUCAAAUUUGUCCAGGAUACGUCCAAGUUUUGGUAUAAACCCAACCUGUCCCGGGACCAAGCCAUCGCCCUGCUGAAGGACAAGGAGCCCGGCUGCUUCCUCAUCCGUGACAGCAACUCCUUCCAAGGCGCCUACGGGCUGGCUCUCAAGGUGGCGACGCCCCCGGCCAACUGCCUCACCCUCCCUUCGAAAGGUGACCCCAUGGAGCAGCUGGUGCGUCACUUCCUGAUCGAGACGGGCCCCAAGGGGGUGAAGAUCAAGGGCUGCCAGAACGAACCCUAUUUCGGAAGCCUGCCCGCCCUGGUCUCGCAGCACUCCAUCACCCCCAUCUCUCUGCCCUGCAAGCUCCGGGUCCCCAGCAGAGAUCCCAUGGAGGAGACCCCGGACGUGACCAUCCCCACCAACGUGAGCACGGCGGCUGAUUUGCUGAAGCAGGGAGCGGCCUGUAGCGUGCUCUACCUCAGCUCGGUGGAGACGGAGUCGCUGACGGGCCCCCAGGCCGUGGCCAAGGCGGCCGCCAGCACCCUGAGCUGCAGCCCCCGCCCGCUCGCCUGCCUCGUGCACUUCAAGGUUUCGGCCCAGGGCAUCACCCUGACGGACAAUCAGAGGAAGCUGUUCUUCCGGCGCCAUUACCCCGUGAACAGCAUCACCUUCUGCAGCACGGACCCGCAGGACAGGAGAUGGACGAAUCCGGACGGCACCACCUCCAAGCUCUUCGGCUUUGUGGCUAAGAAACAGGGCAGCCCCUGCGAGAACGUCUGCCACCUCUUCGCCGAGCUCGACCCCGAGCAGCCGGCCUUGGCCAUCGUCAACUUCGUCACCAAGGUCAUGCUGGGGACGCACAGGAAAUGA